AUGGCGCAAAUAUAUGACUGCCAUUCUCCAUCAGACAUCUGGAACCAGCUAGUCCAGGACAUGGAGUUUAUCCCCUCUUCAACUUCAUUUCAAGUCUCCUCCUCUGAGAGGACAAAAGCUCACAUAAUUGAUAUAGAUGGCUUCCAUGGGGAGGAAAGCGCCUCAAAUUCCACCAAUUCUGCAGGCUCUACCCCUCCCUCUAUACAUUAUGCCAUUAAUACUGGUGUAACACCGAUUGAUAUGCCAGAGUGCUCUGCACCCUCUAUGUGGGGCAUGACGCCCCAGUUCCAGGGGAGUUUCAUUCAAGACCAAUUAUAUUUCUCGCAUCCUUCAACCCAUUGCAUGCCUUUAUACAAUCAGUACGAGUUACCCCUGAGUUGCCCCAAUUCUUUUGAUCUACAUAAGGGACCUACCCUUUCGGGUCCGAACGCGGAGAGGCUCUUUCCUCUCCUUUCCGAGUGCUUAUUCUCUCAAUGGCUACAAGAUGAUGCACCCGAACCAAGAACGAAAAACAAUGCUUCGAUUCUUGAGGCGUUCUUGGACUCGAAAGAUGGGCGACAAUGCCCCUUCGACAACUGCGACAAGAGUUUUUUGAGGAAGGAUCGUGCUAUCGGCCAUAUCAGGCAACAUUUGAAUCAUAGGCCAUUCAAAUGCCAAGGGAAAUGCAAGAAUCUCAAAUGGUAUGUCCCAAAAUGGCCCAUACUCUGUCCAAAGGACUAA